UUUUUUUUUUUUUUUUUUUUAGUACUCUGAAUAAACGUAGUUGCAAGGCACGAAUUAAUUCCAUGCUAAGCAGAAUUGAGAAGCUACAAGUUUGGCUCUACACCCUGAGGGAGUGGCUUGUGCAUGAAGACAUUGGUGCAUGCUUUCUGUAAUCUAUAUAAACUUUUUUCUAUAUAAAUUUUUAUAUAGACUUUUUGUGUGGCUUUUAUUUUCAUGAGAAGAUCUAGUUAAAAAUUUUUUUGAAUCUUUAGGAAGUUUCAAAGUCUCAGUGUGCUGAUAGGUUUUCAUCAAUUUACACAAACCUAGACAUAUUUUGGAAGAGGGAACUUUUUUUAAUCUCUUAUUUUUAAUGUUCAUUGGUGUUUCACCUACAAGUAUGUCUCUGAGGGAAUGUUGAAUCCCCUAUAACUAGAGUUACAGUUUCGGUUGUAAGCUGCCUGUGACUGAAUGGAAUUGAACCCAGGCCCUCUGGAACUGUUCUUAAUCAUCUCAAGAGGAGCCAUCUCUCUAGCCCCAGAAGAGGGACUCCGUUUUUCUUCUUCAAAAUAAUUUUUGAAAAUUAUUUACUAAUUGGGUGUGCUUUGGUGUUCUGCUUGCAUGUCUGUCUGUGUGAGGAUGUCAGAUCCUCCUGGAACUGAAAUUAUAGAUAGCUGUGAGCUGCUAUGUGGGUGCUGGGAGUUGAACCCAAGUACUUUGAAAGAGCGCCAGUGCUCUUAACUGUGGGGCCAUCUCUGUAGCCCCAGAAGAGGGAUUUUUUUUUUCUAAAUAAUAUAUUUUAUGUGUGUUGGUAUUUUGCCUGCAUUUGUGUCUGUGUGGGGAUAUCAGAGAUUGAAGUUACAGACAAUUGUAAGCUGUCAUGUGGGUGCUGGGAAUUGAACCCCUGUCUUCUGUAAGAGCAGUCAGUGCUCUGAACCUCUGAGCCAUUUCUCCAGCUCCUGUGAAGAGGAAAUCUUUUGUUUCUUUGUUUGUUUUUGAGACAGGGUUUCUCUGUAUGUAGUUCUUUGUGUCCUGGAACUCACUAUGUAGACAAGGCUGGCCUCGAACUCAGAAAUCCGCCUGCCUCUGCCUCCCGAGUGCUGGGAUUAAAGGCGUGCGCCACCACGCCCGGCUCUGUUAUUUAUUUUUUAUUUUGUUUAUUUUUUAUUAAUGAUCAAUGUAGGCAAGUCCAGCCAAGGGGCUAUUAUGCCACCCCUAGGCAGUUGAUCCUUAAUGAUAUAAAAAAAGCAAGCCAGUAAGCAGUGUUCCUCCAUGACUUGUGCUUCAGUUCUUGCCUCCAAGUUCUUGCCCUGCCCUUCCUCGAUGGUAGACUCUUACCUGGAAGUGUUAAGAUGAAAUAAACCCUUUCUUCCCUAAGUUACUUUUUGGUCAUGGUGUUUGUCAUAGAAACCGAAAGCCUCAUGUCUUUUAGGCAGGUAUGCAGACUCUUAUGUUGAAAGAAAGCACAGUGCUGGAGAGAUGGCUUACUGGUUAAGAGCAGGGCCUUUCUUCCAGAGGACCUGGGUUUAAUUCCCAGCAAUCACAUGGCAGAUCACACCUGUUUGUAACUCCAGUUCCAGGGCUUCUGACAUCUUUACACGGGCAUACGAGCAAGCCAAAUACCAAUAGACAUAUGUAAAAAUAAGUUGAAAAAGAAAGAAAGCGCUUAGUUCAUUUGAUAGCGAUUAAUUGAGUGUGUCCCCAACCAGUUAAUUUCUGAUUUGGAUAAUUGAUGUUUUUUAUAAGUGAAAACUCAGGGCUGGUGAGAUGGCUCAGCAGGUAAGAGCACCCGACUGCUCUUCCGAAGGUCCUGAGUUCAAAGCCCAGCAACCACAUGGUGGCUCACAACCAUCCCUAACGAGAUCAGACUCCCUCUGUGUCUGAAGACAGCUACAGUGUACUUACAUAUAAUAAAUAAAAACAAAACAAAUAAAGUCAUUGUUUAUGAUAAACACAUAUUUAAAAAAAUAAAAAAUAAAAAUAAGUGAAAACUCUUUGACGUUGAUACAACACAGAUACACAGAAAGCCCCAAACACUUUUGAAAAGGUGUUUAGGGAAUUAGGGGACUUGGUUGAAUUUUGUGUAUGUGUACAUGAGCUGAUGUAUAUAGUAUUUGUUCAGUGAAAGAAGUGCAUAUGUGUGUUCCAGGUCUCUGAUGGGCCUAGAGUUUGGAGCGAGAACUGGGAAGCAGAGCUCUAGAAGCAUGGAGACCAUAAGUGACCAUGGUCACUGUCUCUUCACCCCAUGUCUGCACUUUUUAUGUACCUGGCUUCAAAUACUUUAGUUUCUACUUCUGGUUGACCUACUGAGAGGAGGGCAUAGGAAAUGAAGGACUGUGUGUGCCCUCAAGAUGGCGGGGCUCCUGACUUGGAGAAGAGGAAGAGGUCUAUGCUGCACGCAUUGGUUUAUACAAGAAGUAUUUGGUUGCAGUACUCCUACAGAACAGCACUCCAUGCCCUGUGACAGUGUGCUUGUGUGAGCUUUCCAGUGACAUUCAUGGUCAGCCAUAGUAAACAGCCUAGAAAAUGAGAUUAUGAAAGAGUGAAUAAAAUCUACAUUAGGGUUCACAAGUGGACAUUAUAAGCAGUUUUUAUUAACGUAAGAUGUCAGGAUGAUAAAGCAACCAGGAUAAUUAUGGUUGGUCAUGGAGGAUAAGCAAGAAACUUGUCCCAAGGGGGACAGUGAUUUUGUUUCUGACAAAGUAAAUUUCAAAACGGAGGAAGAUGAUGAUCAAACUCCUUGUCACAGUUUGGAACAAGUGGACUUUAAAAGUGAGUCAGAGGAUAUGAGACAGACAGACAGUGGCGAUGAACAGGCAGACAUCAGGGCAGCGAGCUGUGCCUGUCAGCCCUCUGGGAAGUUCUUAGCUGCCGAGAGUGAGGAUGACUAUGGCUCACUCUUCUCCCAGUAUAGUAGCACACUGUACAGCGUAGCCAUGGAAGCUGUGACCCAGAGCCUUCUUUCCAGUCGACACAUAAGCUCCAGGAAGAAGUCUCCAGCCUGGAAGCAUUUCUUUAUUUCCCCUCGAGAUAGCACUAAGGCUAUCUGCACAUACUGUAUGAAAGAGUUCAGUAGGGGCAAGAAUGAGAAAGACCUGAGUACAAGUUGCCUCAUGAGACAUGUGAGGCGGGCACACCCCACCAAGCUCAUUCAAGAAAAUGGAAGUCUAUCGGCAGGGUCCUCCUUUUCCCCUCCCUCUCUGUUGCUUCCACCACAGCCUGCAGAUGUGGGAGACCUUAGCACUGUGCUCUCGCCUGUCAGACUUGUCCAGAAAAUGGCUCCCAAGAUCCCAUCCCCUGACCAAAUAAUGGAAGAGUCUGUGACUGUAGUUUCUUCUGAAGAGUUGUCCUCUGAUGUGUCUGUCACUGAAAAGUACAGCAGAGAGGAGGCCUUGGCAGGCUCCUCCCCCAACCUCUCCAUGCUCCAUUAUGACGACGCUUCAGAAACCAUGGCAGACAGAAACCUUUCUCUUCCCAAAAGCACAUCUGGGUCCAGGAGGAGGUCAGCCGUCUGGAAGCACUUCUACUUGUCACCCCUUGAUAGCUCCAAGGCUGUCUGUGUCCACUGUAUGAAUGAGUUCAGUAGAGGGAAAAAUGGGAAGGACCUGGGUACAAGCUGCCUCAUCAGGCACAUGUGGAGAGCACAUCGCUCCAUUGUACUGCAGGAGAACGGGGGCAACACAGGCAUCCCACCAUUGUACCCUAUGCCCCCCACCCUGCUGCCUGCCCUGCUGCCCCCAGAAGGGGAUCUCAACUCCGCAUCGUUGUCUCCAGGCAAACAAGUCAAAGAGUCCCCUUCUGCCUCCUCAUCCCCAGAAAGGCUUCCGGAGGACCUGUCAUCACACACUAAUCCUGGGGAUGUAUCCCGGGAAGAUGUGUCCAUGUUGUCAUCCUCUGAUGACUUGGGGGAGGCCUCUGUAGUGUCUUCUCCAGAGAAGCAGCCAGCGGACACGGUAAAUCCAAGGUUUGAAUCAGGUACUGUUUUCCAGCAAAAUAAGAAGGUGAUGAGAAGACUAAAGUCAGAAGUCUGGCAUCACUUUUCCCUGGCCCCCAUGGACAGUCUCAAAGCAGUGUGCCGGUACUGUAGCUGCGUUAUUAGUCGGGGGAAGAAGGGAGAUGUUGGCACCAGUUGUUUGAUGCGACACCUGUACAGACGCCACCCUGAGGUGGUUGGGAACCAGAAGGACUUUCUGGGUGCAAGUUUGGCAAACUCUCCAUAUGCCACUUUGGCUUCUGCAGAAAGCUCCUCCAAGUUAACUGACUUGCCAGCAGUGGUCAGAAAAAACCAUCAAGGUGUGUUUCCUACUAAUAGCAAGAAGACCUCAAAGCUGUGGAAUCACUUUUCUAUUUGUUCAGCAGACUCAACAAAGGUGGUGUGCCUGCACUGUGGCCGGACCAUCAGCAGGGGCAAGAAACCCACCAACCUGGGCACCAGCUGUCUCCUGAGACAUCUGCAGCGGUUCCAUGGCCAUGUACUCAAGAAUGAUGUCUCAGAGGCCACUCUGUCCCGUUCUCCAGGCAUCCGGAGGCCUCUGGGCAUAGAGCUCUCAGGGCCUUCCUCUUUCCGUGACUCCACAGAGAAGUUCUAUGACUCUCAUCCAGUUGCCAAAAAAAUCACAAGUCUCAUAGCUGAAAUGAUUGCACUUGACCUUCAGCCAUAUUCCCUUGUAGACAACGUUGGCUUUAACAGGCUGCUCGAAUACUUGAAACCUCAGUACUCUUUACCCUCCCCUUCCUACUUCUCUAGAACAGCUAUCCCAGGUAUGUAUGACAAUGUGAAACAGAUAAUUAUGUCACAUCUGAAGGAAGCUGAGAGUGGUGUGGUUCACUUCACCUCUGGAAUAUGGAUGAGUAGCCAGACUCGUGAAUACCUGACCCUUACAGCUCACUGGGUCACCUUCGCAUCCGCUGUCCGACCACAUUGUGAGGACCACCAUUGCUCAGCACUUUUAGAUGUCUCACAAAUCGACUGUGACUAUAGUGGAAAUAGCAUUCAGAAGCAGCUGGAGUGUUGGUGGGAAGCCUGGGUGACUUCCAUUGGCCUUCAGAUUGGCAUCACUGUCACUGACAAUCCAAGCAUAGGGAAGAUGCUGAGUGAGGGUGAACACUCAAGUGUGCAGUGCUUCAGUCACACAGUGAAUCUGAUUGUGAGCGAGGCUAUCAAGAGCCAGAGGAUGGUGCAGAACUUACUGAGUAUUGCCCGGAAGCUGUGUGAGCGGGUCCAUCGGUCACCCAGAGCAAGAGAGAAGUUAGCAGAACUGCAGAAAGAGUACGAGCUGCCACAGCACCAGCUGAUCCAGGAUGUACCGUCUAAGUGGAGCACAUCGUUCCACAUGCUCGAACGUCUGAUUGAGCAGAAGAGGGCAGUUAAUGAGGUAUCCAUUGAGUGUAACUUCAGAGAAUUGAUCAGCUGUGACCAGUGGGAGGUCAUGCAGUCUGUGUGCCAUGUGCUGAGACCAUUUGAUGCUGCAAGCCGAGAGAUGAGUGCCCACAUGUCUACGCUGAGCCAGGUCAUCCCCAUGAUCCACAUCCUCAGCAGAAAAGUGGAGAUGCUGUUUGGGGAGACCAUGGGCAUUGACACCAUGCUUAAGUCCCUGAAGGAAGCCAUGGCAAGCCGCCUGUCUGCCACACUCCAUGACCCCAGGUACAUCUUUGCCACACUGCUGGACCCUCGCUACAAAGCUUCCCUGUUCACAGAGGAGGAGGCAGAGCAGUACAGGCAAGACUUAAUCAGGGAGCUAGAAAUACUGAAUUCUACCUCAGAGGACACUGCCACCUCCAAUGGCUGUGACUCAGGGUCCCCACUUAAAGACACUGGCACAGAGGAGAGCCUGUGGUCACUCGCACCGAUAAAGAGAGAUCAGAGAGAGAAGCUACCUGAAGACAUGGUGCUUGCGUAUUUGGAGGAAGAGGUGCUGGAACACAGCUGUGACCCACUCACCUACUGGAACCUAAAGCGGUCAUCGUGGCCUGGGCUGUCUACCUUAGCAGUUCGAUUUCUGGGAUGUCCCCCAAGUACAGUCCCCUCAGAAAAGCUGUUCAGCACACCCAUGGAUGCUGGCAGCUUUGGCCAGCCCAGGCUCAUGAUGGAGCAUUUUGAAAAGCUCAUCUUUUUAAAAGUGAAUCUUCCUUUAAUAUGCUUUCAGUAUUGAACUCAGAGAUGGAGCCACCAGACUGGAAACGUGCUUCAGAGUGCUAGCUAUUGUACCAGGGCUGACUUGCCUGGCAGGGCCAUGUAGGACACCAGACCAGGCAUCUGGGGCUACCUGCCAGUUCUCACCAUAAUAUCCACAUGUGCCUUACUCCUCCUUCAGGCCAGGUGUCAAGGUGCGUUUUCAGAAGCCCACUAGAAACAGUCUUGGCAAUUAUGAAAUAGGAUGAUCAGGUUUAAAACUAUAAAGGUUUUUUGUUUUGUUUUGAGGGGAUAGUAAUCUGUUUUACUAGAAUGAAAGGAAGAUGUAAACAAUUUUAUUAUGUAGGGUUUUUAUUCAGUUGUGUAAAAACCACAAAUCAGGUGCUGUAUUUUAAUUAAAUAUUUUAAUUGCAACAAAACAGCUUUUGUGGCUGUUAAAUGAAACCUGUAAAUAGGAGGUGGAGGUUAAGCCAUCCUGACUGAACAGUUCUUAACCACAGGCUCCAAAAGUAUGUCCUAGAGAGAAUAUUCUGGAAGCUGUUUACAGAACCAGGCAUUUGAAAACAAAACUGAACUUGGGCAUAUCAUGGAGUGUCAAUCACAUGGCUAAUUGGUCAUGAGAAUGGUCCCAUGUCAGGUGUUGCAUUCAGGUUUUACACGGUCAGUUAACUCAGAGAUAUCCCACUUAUCAUGAGCCCCUUGAAAUUGGAUCCAGGUUUUAAAGUCAUGCUUAGGACUUCACCAGAGCAUGAUAUGACACGUUUACAACAGAUGGCCUGCUGAUCCAAUCUCCAUGCCUCUGGUUUACUUUUUGCAUCUCUAUACAAUAAAGCUAUCUCAUAAGAAGUAUGCACUGACCCCUCAGUUUGACCAGAUAGCGCUCAGAUUCUACUUUGAGGAGGUAGCUUGUCGACAGGGAAAGCGCUUGUUUAUUGCAGUCAUGAGAAAAGCCUUAGGCAUUUAGAUUUUUUUUUUUCCUAUGAUAGGGAAGCCUCAACCAUCACUGGGACAUUAUAGAGUCCCAAGGAUACCAACAUGAAGUAUCAGCUAUCAGACUCUUUACCAGACUCCAAAGUUUUUGCUUAUGUCUAAAAGAAAAAGUUUUUCAUUUUCUCAUUUCAAAUCAGUUAAAUAUUCUGGGUGAAACAAAUCACUCAUUGCCUCUGACCUUUUAGAAAACAAAUGUUGUGUUGAAAUACUGUGUGGGCUCGGUCUGAGUUUGCCUGGACUGUGCUUUAGUGUAUUUAUAAAUGACGAACCUGGAUUCUGAAAUUAAACUUUUUAUUUGCGAUUUUCUA